AUGACCAGCAGCUAUAAGCCACGCAGCAGCGACGAGGCACUCGCCGAGCAGUUGAGUCUGGCCCGGAGCACCGGAAGUGGCACCAAGCCCCUAAGCGGCGGCACGCCCAUCUAUCGCCAGAUAUCUGGCGCCAUGGCAACCCUGCCACGCCAUGACACCGAGUCGUCCAUCUCCCGAACCUGCGUCUACAUUGGCGGCGCCUCAAAUCCAAAUCCCACACCAGUUUCCGCCACCUUGGAUCGCCGCCAGCCGCACCGCAUGUCCUGGCUGAAUAUGCGCAGGGCCAAGGCCGAUGCGGAGCUGGCCGCCAUCACACCCUCGCCGCAGACCACACGCAGCUGCAUCUCCACGGUGUCCAGUGUGGUGGACAGCGGCGGGGGACGCACCACCGCCACCUCGGGUCGCAUCAGCUCCAGCGGCAUUGUCACACUCAGCGGCAGCAACAACACGCUGAGCGAGAUACAUGGCGGCUACCACGAUCACGAUGUGCACCACGAUCUGCAUCACGAUGGAGUGUCCAAGAACUACUCCGUCUCCGGAGUGCACAACAUCACAACGGCCAGCAAUGCCAAGCUGCUGCCAGCCGCCGAGGAUGAGGCCAACAAGCAGACGAAAUGCUCCGUGUUCCGUGGCCUUGUGCUCUGUCUGUGCCUCAAUGUGAGCUUUGCGAAUGUUGUGCGCUUCCCACGCGAGUUGGACCGCUAUGGAUCGGCGUAUCUGGUGCCGUAUGUGGUUUUGCUGUUUCUAGUCGGGCUGCCCAUGAUGCUGCUGGAGAUAUCUGUGGGUCAGUUUCUGGGCCAGGGAGCGGCGCACACUUGGCGCGCCUCGCCCAUAUUCAAAGGCGCAUGCAUCGUGAGUCGCUUUGCCUCUUGGUUGUCUGCCAUUUGGGUGUCCCUACAGGCCGUGCUGGCAUUGGCCUACAUCGGGAUGUUCGCCUCCAAUGCGCUGCCAUUUCGGGAGUGUGCCGGACCCGUCAAGCUGAGAACUACUGGCUAUCUGGUGACGGGCACCAGCGGACAGGAGUGCCUGCAGCUGACAUUUCUGACGCCCUUUUGGCGUAAUCCGCUCUACUUUGGCCUACUGGCAGCCGGCCUAAUUGGUCUCUGGAUUGUGGUAAUGCUGUGCACCCACAAUGCCAAGAUACUGCGUCGCAGCCUCUUCGUCUAUGGGCUGAGUGGCUUGGUCCUUCUCUGCGCCUUAACCGGUUGGGAGGUGCGCAACUCCUUCAGUCGCCACUACUUUCCAGAGCUGUGGGGUUUCGAUCCUACGCUUCUGCUCGAGAGCAACAUCUGGUUCAAUGCCUUGAUGCAGGUUCUCUUUGCACUCAACUGUGGCUUUGGCGCCCUGCCCAUGGUCACGGGCAAGUUCCUGUACAAGGGAGACGCAGUGCGCACCUCCGUGGUGUAUCUCUGCUUCAACCUGCUGAUCAAUGCCAUUGCCGUGACGCUGUUCAUGGUGCAGUUUGAUCUCUCGGCGAACGGCUACCAGUUGAUGGAGGAGCUCAAGCCGCUGACGGCCAUCUACGAUCGUGUGCUGAAUGGCUCCCGGGAGGGAGAGAGCGAUGUGCUGCAGCACCUCGUGCCCGCCUUGAUCUACGCUUUGAUCAUCCUCUCGGCCAUGGUGUCCAUCACGGUGGCUGUGUACACGUCAACGCGCCUCGUGCCUCGUCGCCCCAACUACGUCAUCUGCCUGAUCGCCCUCGUUGUAGCCGUCAUGUCCUUUGCGGCGCCCAAGUUCAUCAUUGCUCGGGUGCUUGACUCGCGUCUCGUGGGCACCAUGGUCGUGACAGCGCUGGUCUUUGAGCUGAUUGCCAUAACGUGGAUCUACGGAGCGAAGAAUAUCUACACGGAUCUCGAGUUCUCCAUUGGUCGGCCCAUCUUCAAGGUCUGGAUGUUCCUUUGGGUCACAUGUCCGGCCGUGCUCACGGGGAUACUCGUGUGGUGGUGCGCCGACGACGAUCAGUACGAUCUGCUGGCGGAGUAUCUGCCACGCUGGGCGCCCAUACUGUUCGUGCUGGGAGUGAUCCUCAUCAUUGCCUGCAUCCAGAUCUUCCGCCAGGUGGAGUACAAUUUCUUCGGCAUGAUCUGCGAGGCCUCCAAGCCGGCCAAGGAGUGGGGUCCAGCCGAUCCGCUGGCACGCCACUCCUGGAAGCAGUGGCGCUCCGUCUGCCAGGACACGGGACGUCGGGACUUUACACUGCGCCGACGCGGCACUCGCGACUACACGCACUCCAUCAAGAAGGGCCAGUACUCGAGUGCGCAGAAGUACGGCGUCCAGAACGGCAGCCAGACACAGACGCCCAUGCACCAGCAGACCCACUGGAAGUCCUCGACGCCGGGCAACAGUUCGCCCAACUACAGCGGCUCCAUGUUCGGGGACUCGGCCAUCGAGGAGGACAUCAGCGUGGACAAGUAUCCGGGCAUCACGCAGCAGCAGCAGUACGUGCCAUUCCAGGCCAGCGACGCCAAACCGAUGAGGUAUUCCCAGCGUAUGCGGCAGACAGCGCAGCCUCAGACCCUCACAAGGCUGCCACCACCAGCGACGGCGACGGCGACGGCGGCAGGGCCCACCACAGUGGAGAAGCACCGCGAGGUGGUGUACAUCCGUCGCCUCUCCGACGGCGGCACUGACUCCGGCCACGCCACACGCAUCGAGAUUUCGCCCUCGAACGAAUCCAUUACCUAUGGGAAUGGCAAAACCAACAACAACUCGUCGCUGGCCAUGUCCAGGAAUCCGCUGGGACGCUCCACGGGCUGCCUGGCACCCACACAGCCUCCGCCACCACCCAGAGUCCAUGUGAAGCGUUCGGCCAGCUCGGUGGUCAAUGUGAAUGGAAAGCUGCCACCGCCGACAUCCGCAGCAGCCGGAGAUCACAUUUGCUGGCGGAAGUUUAACGUCAAUCCGGAGGAAUACUCCACGGAGCUGUGAACCGAAGUAGGGGAAGAAAACGAAGCAUUCACAUUAAAAAAAGACUUGUUGCAUCCAAAAGAAAUGUAUCUGUAAGCUGUACGAGUAUUGCAUCUACAACUACCCCGUAACCCCCAUACGAUAAGCUAACGAAUAACGAAUUAUGCGGCAUAAAAGUGUAUCUUCUAGUUCCGAAACUGUACAUAGGGAGAGAGUAACGAGAGAGGAGUGUGAGCAGGCAUAGUUCUACGAUCUAGUUCCUUAGAAUAAGUCAAGAAAAUUCCGUUGUCAUUACUUGGAGUAACUGGAGUAGAUCCUGCACUGAUCUACCCACCACAUAUAGUCUAAGCACUUUUUGAUGUGUAAAAAAGGAAACCAUUUAAAGCAUUAUUAUUUAGCUACUAGUUAGUUACUUUAACGAGUGGAUGAUCGAUCUGUUAAUGUGUAAACUGUGUGCCUGAAACAUAAAAACAUUGAAUUAUAAUGAAUCCUAGUUGUUAGUUAGUCCCUUAGUCUGACACAAUGAAUAUCCUAAGAAUCGGAAUCCGAUGUUAAGUUAAUUGUAAACACAACGAUGUCGAAAACGAUCUUAUAUAAAUACAACAAUAAAUAGUACGUUUAGUAAAUUA